CUUUCCACUGCCCUGCAGGUGCUUAGAGAUAAGGGUACCAUCUGUACACACUCAUUCUCCAGGUUCUCCCCUAAGUCAGGGGUCAACGCCGGAGAAGGAGGAUGGAAGUUAAGCGGGCGGAAGCUGGCAUGGCUUCCUCUGUCAUCAUUGCAGCUGGUGCAGCGGGCUCUUGAGAAGGGCCUCUGGUGGCUCAGCAGACUAAGUCUGUCUGUUAUUAACACAGCUGCUUGCAAUUACUGCAAGUUCAAGUCCCACCAGGCCCAAGGUUGACUCAGCCUUCCAUCCUUUAUAAGAGAGCAUCCCAACCCAAGCAGCUGAGUCUGCAAGAAAAUAUUCCUCCAGAGUCCUGCACUGUGAUUGGCCCAUUUGGAGGAAGUAGGAGUGGAACGAAUUGGAGGAGCUGCCUUUGUUCUCCGGUUGCCUAGGGCAACAGGUGGUACACAUGCUCCAGUCUCUCGCCUAGAGGUAGCCCUGGGAACCAGUUUUCAGAAGCAUGAUGAUGAAGUGAAGAAGGAUCCACUCACCAAGUUUGCAAUAAUUGUCUGUCAUAGAGACCAACUUUGACAUGAGUUCGGUGUCUCAGACCUUCUCAACUAAACCUGCUAAUCUGAAUCCAAGCCCUGACAGUACAGAAAGAGGUCCACCCUGUUCUUCCAUCCCCCUCAAAUGCUAUGCCAAAGUGAUUCCCAACACCGAAAAGAUAGGCUUCAAUUCUCAGGCAAAGAGAUUUCAAUAUACCGAGAAUGAAAAUCCAGGGCCUGGACUUUAUAAUAUCAUCCAUCAAUCUAUGUUCCUCAACAACGUUUCCCAGUCUCGGAAAGGAACUUGUUUUUUCCCUUCCUUGGAUGUCCGGAUCGCUCACCAGAAAAUUCCCAACUAUCCUGCUUCAAAUGCCUACGACAUCUCACCUACUCUGCAUUCCAAGAAAGACUUCAGCUUGGGAUACUCUAGCAUGUUUCAUCCACCAUUUGCUAGGAAGAUUGCCAAAAAGACCGGGCCAGCCCCCAACGAAUACAAUGUUUCAGUGGAUCUUUGCAAACAGAACUACAAACUUGGUGCCAAGUCUGUCUUCUCAUCAAAAACAAAACGGACCAUGUCAUGCAGCAACAGGGAACGAGUGCCUUCUCCAUGUCACUACCGAAUUAAAGACUCCCUGAUCAGAGUGUCUCCUCCAGUGCUGGUGUCCUGCUUUAGAUCCAAAACAGGCCGUACAACCAAUCCAGAAACCCUGAGCCCAGGACCAGCAGCCUAUCAGCAGGCGGUUGAAACCGCAAUUGGACCAUCAAAGAGAUUCUCUGGACUGAGGAAGUGCAUCUUGAAUUUCUCGGCCCCAGCUGUCCCUCCCCCCCAAAAUCCACCUUUACCAGGACCCGGCCAAUAUGACCUAGUGGACUACAGAGGACCUCCUAAACACUACAUCUCCAGUGCUGUAUUUGUUUCGAACACAAAACGCUGGACAGGUGAUAAAUUCCACAAAGGCAUACCUGGACCAGGCACUUACAAUAUCCCUGUUCCACAAAAACAAUCCUUCAUGUACAACAUCAGCAACAAAUGGGUGCCGGUAUUAUAAAGCGAGAGAUUCCACAAGGUAUCAAUGAAAGCAUGUCAUAUGUAGUUUUUCUUCUGGGCAAGCAGCUCCUGGGAGAACGGUUGAAGGAACGAUGGCCGCCAUCCUAGGCAAAGUUGCAUAACUGUGCGGGAAAUCAUAACCUCCUGGAAAUAGCAGUGACCACGUUCCUUGAACAUGCUAAACCAGAAUCAAUAGACUGAAGUGCUGCUUCCCUGUUAGGUGACAGGCAUGUCCACCCAGAUCCGUUUCCAGCUUUUGCGAUGCCUGCUUAUAUGUUCACUGGUAAACCAACAGGAAAAGGCAAGGACAACUCGUAGGUGGCAAUUAAAAAAACCAAUACCUGACACAUAAAAUGGGCUAGAGCUUUGCUGACACCAUUCUGCCUGCCAUUUUGUGUUGUUUUUUUUUGAAACCCUAACCUGGAGCUCUCUUUGGGAAAAGGGCAAAACUGUAAUUUGGGAAUGUAUGCGGAGAUUCUCAAUCCUCCAGGUCAGGGGUCUCCAACAUGGCUGAGGAAUUCUGGGAGUUGAAGUCCACAAGUCUUAAAGUUGCCAAGGUUGGAGAGCCCUGCUCCAGGUCAUAGCUGUAUCAAAGGUGCUUUUCCAAAAGACAAUUGGCCUGUCAUGUUGUUUUAUUCCUCGAAAAUGAUUCGCUUCUCACCCAAGAAGCUUCUGUACUUCAGAUUCAGGAAGGAUUUUUAUUUUCCUUGUCAAACCUGUUCCACUUAAUUCUUCCUGGACAUUUUCCACCCAGAAUUUGGAGCUUUUUAUUCUUCCCUCUGUUGCGGCUCCUCUUCGCCAUCCUUUCCUUUGGUCCUCAAGUUCAAUUGUCAGGGAUCAUUUUUUUUUAUUUUUUGUUUACUAAUUUACGUAGCUGCCCUUCGUCCCCAAAGAAGAUUCUUAUUCAUAGCCUCAUUAACUCAAGGACAAGGUUGGGAUAAAGGUAGUCCUUGAGUUACGACUGUAACGGAGCCCGCAUGUUCAAGACCUGUGAUAGUUGUAAAGCAGGUUGGUCAUGUGACUAACUCAAUUCAGUUUUGUCACAAAAAAUGCAGAGGUCAAUGCCGGGUUUGGGCAAAAAAAAAAAUGUGAUCAUGUGACCAUUGGACACUGCAACUGGCCAUAAAUGCACCUGGUUGCCAAGCGGCCAAAGUUCAGUGACCUGACCACAACAGGGGCCCAACCGUUGGAAAUUUGAGUCCAGGUUGUAAAUACCCCAGAUAGGUCCGCUGGAAUGUUAAAUGGUCGCUAAGCAACAGGUUGCAAGUCAAGGAUUACCUGCAUUGUGCAGAGGUAAAUGUACUCUUUAACUUCUCUUUUUAUCCCAGCCCAGCCAUGCCAAUUAUGGCCAUGAAUGAAUGAGACAGGAUCUGCUCACAGCCCAUUUUUCUCAAAGUUUUCUUGGAGUCAAUUUAGCUUCCUGCAGCAAUGCAGCAAAUCUGAUCUGUGAAGUUCUCGGUGUUCGCUGAGCUUGGUGGUUUCCUUGCAUAUGUUUCCUUACCCAACUAAGGGACAUUGUCUGGGAAAGAUGAUGAUGUUACCUGGAACUGAUGAUAUGACUUAGUUGGGUCAUGAAAUGUCUGCAAACAAACAAACCAACCCUUGAGCUCUGAGGGCACCAGGAACUCCACAGUUCCUGUUGUGACCUAGGCUCACUUAGGCAUAAAAGACACAACUAGUCUUAAACAACCCUAUUUUAUUAUAACAGCUGGGAAUUACUUCAUUCCCAGAUUAGUCCAAAUUAAUUCCAAAACAAGUCCUUCAGAAAAAGUCCU